AUGGCCGCAACCACCAUGUCACUCUCUUCUCCAGCCUUUGCCGGCAAGGCAGUGAAGAACUUGCCAUCAUCUUCUCUUUUCGGGGAUGCCCGCGUCACCAUGCGCAAGACAGCGGCAAAGGCCAAGCAGGUUGCCUCUGGCAGCCCGUGGUAUGGCUCUGACCGCGUGCUCUACCUCGGCCCACUUUCUGGUGAGCCCCCGAGCUACCUCACUGGUGAGUUCCCUGGCGACUACGGCUGGGACACCGCUGGGCUGUCGGCCGAUCCCGAGACCUUUGCCAAGAACCGUGAGCUGGAGGUGAUCCACUGCCGUUGGGCCAUGCUUGGCGCACUCGGUUGUGUCUUCCCCGAGCUGCUUGCCCGCAACGGUGUGAAGUUCGGCGAGGCUGUUUGGUUCAAGGCCGGUUCCCAGAUCUUCAGCGAGGGCGGCCUCGACUACCUCGGCAACCCAAGCCUUGUGCACGCCCAGAGUAUCCUUGCCAUCUGGGCUUGUCAGGUUGUGCUCAUGGGCGCUGUCGAGGGCUACCGCAUUGCCGGUGGACCGCUCGGUGAGAUUGUUGACCCGCUCUACCCGGGCAGUAGCUUCGACCCACUCGGCCUUGCCGACGACCCUGAGGCAUUCGCCGAGCUCAAGGUCGUGCUCAUGGGCGCCGUCGAGGGCUACCGCGUUGCCGGUGGACCACUCGGUGAGAUCGUCGACCCACUCUACCCGGGCGGCAGUUUUGAUCCGCUUGGCCUUGCCGACGACCCUGAGGCAUUCGCCGAGCUUAAGGUUAAGGAGAUCAAGAACGGUCGCCUCGCCAUGUUCUCCAUGUUCGGCUUCUUCGUGCAAGCCAUCGUCACCGGCAAGGGUCCACUCGAGAACCUCGCUGACCACCUUGCCGACCCCGUCAACAACAAUGCCUGGGCAUUUGCCACCAACUUCGUUCCUGGCAAGUAA